AUGUUCAUGCGGAAGAUCAACUGUGUCCUAUCAAAGACUAUAUCGUUCCACUGUAAUGUUAGCUUGUUAGAUAGUUCGUGUAGUGAGAGAUUAUUUCAUAGUUCGAGUAGUGAGAGAUUGAUUGUUAGCUCGGGUGGUUAUAGAUUUAUUUAUGGUGCUAGGUGUUAUAUCAAAUGGUUAUGGCGCUCCAGAAACAAUGAAUCGUCUAAUAGUACUACUGAUACAGAUGCAUAUGCUAGUGAUGAUAAUUCAUCUAAUACUAGUUAUCAUGAUGCUAUAUCAUCAGAAAGUGAUGCUAAUGAUAUUAAUAAUUUACCUAUUACUACUGAUUAUAAGGAAAUUCAUAUUUUACCAAUAACUGCUAAUGAUGAAAAGAAGCUAACAUUAGGAGAAAGAGCCCCACAAGGAAGCAGCAUGGAUCCGACAUUUGUAAAAGAAAGAAUACAAAACCCCAACCCUCCUUACCCCACCCACCUUCUAGAUCGACUCAGGGAAUCUUAUUUCUUUUGGAGACCUGAGAUGGUAACUGAAUGA